CCACCGAGUGUACACCAGAUAAAUUGAGAGUGGAAUAAGAAAAGAACCUCCCACAAUGAGUAAAAUGAGCCAAUAAGAUGGACGAUGUAAAAAGAAUAGCAAAAGAAAGAGAAGAGAAAAAAAAAUUGGCCGAAAAAAAAACUUAGACAAACAAAUAGAGAUCGAAAGAGAAACUUAAAGUUAUCAUAUCAUAAAGAGAGAGAGAGAAAGAUGAUAAAAGAAGAGAAGAAGAAGAAGAUAAAACAUACAUAUAAUAAGAAUACCACAUAAUCAUCUCUCUCUCUCUCUUUAUCUUCCUCCUCCUCCUCCCACCGGCCUUUUAACAUUAAACUUUUCCUCCUCUCUCUUCAAUUGAAAUCAUCUCCUAGUCCAGUAAACAUCAUUUACUCAUCAUCUUCAUCCCUCAUCAUAUUUAUCAUCAUCCUCAUCAUCUGUAAGCUUUACCCUAGUCUCCAUCACUCUACCAUUAACCUCCAGUAACAAUAAUUCAACUCUCACUCUUUAAUUAAAGUUCAAUUUACAAAUUCAAAUUUGAUUGGAAAACUUUCCAAACAAUUUGAUCUAAAAUGUAAAAUCUCAAUUUCUAUCAUCAAAUUGAUUAGUUUAACACUUUGUUUCCAUUUACAUGUUUGUGUGUUCGUAUGUGUGUGUGUUGAUUGUUUCAGUUAAUUGUGUCUAAUCAUUUCUCCUUAAUUAUGUGUAAAAAUAAUCGCGGGAUUAGGAUUAAAAGUGGCCUUUCGAAUCGGUCGAAACCCGUUGAUUCGUCGGCCUCAUCACUAAGCCAUUUAUGCAGAUCAUCAUCUCCAUUAACUAAUUGUGAUCAUCAUCACAAUCGUAACAAUCAAAGAUUUAACAACCAACAAUUGAAUAUUAAAUCAACUGAUUGUGAUCUAGUUAAUUGUGAUAAUCAAUCGAGAAUUUUAAAUUACUUGAUCAAGUUAACAUUCAACAAUCAGUCAACACUUAAUUAUAAACAUUACGGAUUAAUUGCUCUUCUUUCAAUAUUACUUUAUAUCAACACAAUUAACGCUGAUUUUGCAUAUGAUGACAGUCGAGCGAUCAAGACGAACCACGAUCUUGACCCAUCGACACCUUGGACUAAUCUUUUUUAUAAUGACUUUUGGGGAACCCCUUUGGCCCAUUCGGGUUCUCAUAAAUCAUAUCGACCAUUAACUGUCCUCUCAUUCCGGAUAAACUAUUAUUUUGGUCAACUUUCACCCGCCGGUUAUCACGGAGUAAACGUUUUCCUUUACACUUUAGUCUGUCUACUUUUUACCCACCUUACAACUUAUAUUUUCCACCCUGAAGAUUCCCGCUCUUGUCUCGUCUCUAGUCUAAUAUUUACAAGUCAUCCAAUUCACACGGAAUCAGUGGCCGGAAUCGUUGGUCGAGCCGAUCUAUUGGCGACAAUAUUUUUCAUAAUCUCACUAAUUUGUUACAUUCGUUACUGUCAAUGCAAAGAUUUAAACAUUUCCCACCCCACUGACCAUCAACAUCUCACUGGGAGUAAAACAAUCUCACCCUACAAUGAAAGGGUCACCUACAUUUACCUUUACACUUCACUGGUCACCGCUUUCUGGUCAAUGCUUUCCAAGGAGUAUGGAAUCACUGUCCUUGGUGUAUCAGCAAUUUACCACCUCGCAGUUCAUCAUCACUUAAUCACCCACCGGUCAAUACGAAAUCUAAGAAAAUUAUUCAAAGAGGUCAAAUAUUCUGGACUUCGUGAAGGUUUGACCCAUCUAAUUGUAAGUGCCAUCAUUUUGAUAACCUUCCGACUCUACAUGAUGGGUCUGAGUGCCCCAAACUUUUCACCAGCCGAUAAUCCUGCCGCUGAAUCUUCAAGCUGGUUAACCAGAGCUUUGACCUUCACUUAUCUUCCCUGUGUAAACUUUGGCCUUUUACUUUAUCCCCGUUGGUUAUCAUUUGAUUGGUCAAUGGAGUCAAUCCCAUUGAUUAAAGGGAUUAACGAUUCUCGUAAUCUAAUCUCAUUACUGUUUUAUUCAAUCUUAAUCUACAUCUCAUAUAAAUUAUAUCAAUUCCAGUCAAAUAAUUUAUCAUCAUCAUCAUCAUUUAAAGCUAACUCUUCACAUGAUGAAUCAAUAUCAUCAUCAUCAUCGCCAUUAUCAUCACCAUGGUUGAUUAAUAAUUUAUCUUACUCGUUAUCAUCAAUAUUACAACAUGAAAAUGAUGUUAACCAUAAUCAUCAAGCUAAUUACUCAUUAAUGAAUCCAAAGGCUCGUAAGAUGAGAUGUUCAUCAUCAUCUUCCUCUUCUUCAUCCUCAUCCUCAUCCUCAUCUUCAAUGAAACAUCAGAUAACAACUAAUAAUAAUAAUGAUUAUGGUAAUCAUAACAAUUCCUGGUUCUCAUCAAAAUCAUCUGAUGCAAAUCAAUUAGACUGGUCAUCAUCAUCAUCAUCUUCUUCCUCAUCUUCCUCAUCUUCAUCAACUACUGUGUCAAAUCAUCACGAUCCAGUGCCUCUCCCAACACAUAAUCCUCUUAAUCCAAAUCUUUUGGCUAAUCUUUCAUUAGAUAAAUUCAUUGAUGGUCAUUCAAUUUCAAUGGACAUUCUCACAGUCUCUUGGUCACUUUUAAUAAUACCCUUUCUACCGGCGACCAAUGGACUAUUUUAUGUUGGCUUUGUUAUCGCUGAACGGAUUCUUAUCAUACCCUCCAUGGGGUAUUCAUUGUUGAUCACUUUAGGUUUCAUUCUCUGUCAGCUGAUCCAAUCAAACUGUCAAACAAUUAGCAAAUCGAAAACCAGAAAUCGGAUUAAAAUUGUUUAUACUCUUUUAGUUGGUCUGUUAAUUGUUUACUCGUUGAGAACAAUUAAUCGUAAUGAAGAUUGGAAAUCAGAGGAAGAUCUUUAUCGAUCUGGUAUUACCAUUAAUCCACCUAAAGCCUACGGCAAUUUAGCCAAUAUCUUAAGUAACAAGGGACGUAAAUUGGAAGCGGAAAUGGCCUAUCGAAAAGCUUUAACCUUCCGGUCCAACAUGGCCGAUGUUCAUUAUAAUCUUGGUAUUUUAUUACAAGAUCAAGAUCGUUACCAAGAGGCCUUGCAAAGUUACACGAACGCAAUCAAAUUCCGACCUCGCCUGGCCUUGGCCUAUCUAAAUAUGGGCUUAGUUUUGACUAAAUUAGGACGUAAAAGUGAAGCAAUUAAAGUUUAUCAGCAUUGUACUCGCUUGGAUGGAACUGGACUUAAAGAUCCAAAGACUCAUGAGGCUACACGAAUAUCGGCCUUUUUCAAUUUAGGCCAAUUAUAUUCGGACCAAGGUUCGUACGAGGAAGCGAUCAAGGUAUUCACAGAGGCAAUUGAACGGAUGCCAGCCCAUUAUCAACCACAAUCUUUAUUCAAUAUGCUUGGUGAGGCCUAUUAUAAGCUAGGACGAUACCCGGAAGCGGAAGCUUGGUACAAAAAAGCGCUAAUCUCCAAAAAAGAUCACAUUCCCGCUCAUCUAACAUACGCCAAGUUAUUAGCUAAAUGGGGUAGACCAGAAGAGGCCAGAAAAUGGUUCCUAAAAGCCCAAAUUUUGGCUCCAAAUGAUUCAAGUGUCUACCAACACUAUGGUCAAUUCUUAGCUGAAAUUGGUAAUCACGGAGAAGCAGCUGAUUGUUUAUUGAAAGCGGUUCGACUUAGUCCAAAUGAUUAUGAGAUCGUUUUUGCGGCGGCCAAUGUUUUGAGAACUUCGGGAAGAAAUCAAGAGGCUGAACGAUAUUAUCAGGAUGCAGUUCGACUCAGGCCAAAUGAGGUCACUUCGCACAUGAACUUGGGGGCAAUGCUUCAUGUUAAUGGUAAACUAACCGAGGCGGAGGAAAGUUACCUCACCGCUUUAAGAUUAAAACCUGAUGAUCAAUUAACUCAAACCAAUUUAGCUAAAUUGAGACACUUAAUAACCUCAAGGCGGACAAUUGGUAGAUGAUUAAAUUUCAAUUAAAGACAACUAAUUUAAUAAAUACAAAAUUAACUAAUCACAAUGCAAACUAAUCAACAAAACUCAAGUCAAACAGCACAACAAAACAGCAACAAAUUCAGUCAACAAAAUAAAAUCAAUUUGUUAAACAAUUACAAUAAUUUAAAAGUUACUAUUAUUGAUCAAGAUUUAAAUUGUAAAUUAAAACAUUGAAAUUUAAUUACUUUUAACAAUUAACUUUUUUCUUCAUGUUUUCAUCAAGUUUAAUGUUAAACUUGUUUAGUGGCAAAUGAUUGAUGACAAUCAUUAAAUUGUAAUUACAUAUAAAGAAAAGUAAACCUGAGUUGGUCAAACAAUCAGUGAACAAUUUAUGUAACGGUAAAUUGUUAAGUAAAGAGAGAGACUAUUAAGUCAACAAUCAAAAAUGAAUUAGAUGUUAGUUUUAUGGUAAAGAAAAAAAAAUUUGAUCGAAAACUUUUUUUGUUCAAUUUCAAAGUGAAAAGAUUGAAAUUGAAACUGAUAACUCUCAUUGGAAUAGGAUUCAGGAAAGUUCAUGGUGAUGAUCAUGUUCAUGGGACUGAAAGACAAGGAAUCAGAUUAGUUAAGUUAUAUAACUGUCGGAUUUGAUUAUCCAUUUAAUUUGUCACUCAAAAGCUUUUACAACAACAAAAAAAUAACAACAUCAUUGAGUGUAAACAUGAUAAUGAUAAUUUGUUGUUGUUGUUGUUGUUGUUUUGUAACAACCAUUUAAUUUGAUUGUUGUUAUUUGAUUGUGAUACAUUAAAUGUAUCAUGAAUCACUUACAAUCAAAUUGUUGGUUGAUCACAAUGAUUGUUUUUUUUGUCUCUGGAUUAAUUUCAGUUGUAUCUUAAUUUGUUUGCAGGAUUAAUUGUGACAAUUAUUGUGUCACUUAGAUAUUGAGAGAAAGACUUAAAAAUUAAUGAUUGAAUGAUAAUUGUUAGGAUAUUAUUGUUGUUAUUGAUUGGGAUGAGAAAUAGAUUAAUAAUCAAUUAAUCA